AUGGCUAGCAACUCACCAAUUUUAGAAAAGUCGAAUUUUGAAGAAUUAAGGACCAAAAAAUUUACAUUCAGACUCUUUGGGCUUCAUAUUGGCCACUCUAAAUCGCCAUUAUUGCAAAACUACUUGUUUGAAAAAUUAGGAUUAAGCUGGAGGUAUGAGUUGUAUGAGAGCUCAGAUAUCGACGCUUUCAAGAAGGUGUUGCAAGGCGAAGACUGCAUUGGGUCAGCUGUGACUAUGCCUAACAAGGUGGUGAUGGCGGAACACGUUGAUUUCGUUGACAACGAUGCCAAGGCAGUUGGGGCUAUAAAUACUAUUUACACAAGAAAGGAAAAGGACACCGGUAAGACGUUGUAUAUCGGUACCAAUACUGACACAUAUGGAAUCCGUGAUUCGUUUUUAUACAAUGCACCAGAAGUGGUGAAGAAAUCGAGAGACAGCAAUAAUCCGGGUUUGGUAUACGGAGGAGGUGGAGCCUGCCGUUCAGCGGUGUAUGCGUUAAACGAAUUCUUGGGCUGUUCGAAGGUGUAUGUGAUAAACAGAUUUGCUGAGGAGGUGGAAGCGGUGAGAGAAGGAAUGGUCAAAGGGGGCUUCAAAGGAGAAAUCAUCCACGUUUCCAGCCCUGAACAAGCUGUUUCUUUAGAGAAACCAAGCAUGAUCGUCUGCACUGUACCUGAUUUUGCACCUCUGACUGAGGAAGAGAAAACGGCCAGAGCCACCUUGGAAGUAUUCAUUGGUUCCCAAGAGAGAGGAGCUGUUUUGGAAAUGUGCUACCACCCUAAACCACUCACUAGAUUAUAUAAUGAAUUCAAGGCGUCCAAUUGGCAGGUUAUUGGUGGUAUGGAAGCUAUGAUUUAUCAAGGCUUCGCACAACAAUCCUUAUGGACUGGUUAUAGCUUGGACGAAAUGCCUGUCAAAGACGUCAUUGAGUAUGUUUAUAAGAAUGCAAAUAACUAA